AUGCGGCCACGACAGAUAAUCCUCACCGGAGGAUUUCUAUGCUUCCUCAUCUGUAUCUUCUCGCUCUUCAGACUAUCGCCGACUGGUACCCGCAUAACUAGCCCCGGCGCCUUUUCAUACACAGCCGGCAACUACCAUGAUUCUGCCGCCAGACCACCACCUCCAGCCCCGGAGCCCUUCAAUCCCAAGCCCAAGCCUGUCCCCGCUGGCUCGCAUCCUAUAUGGCAUCUAGUCACCGCCGCCGAGCGCGAAUUCGAGCACACUAAAGCGCGGCAGUCCAAGACGUUGGAAGAGGCCGUUGCUGAAUACAGAAGAAGAUACAGAAUCCCACCCCCGCCAAACUUCGACAAGUGGUUCGCCUUCGCUCAGGCCAAGGGCGUCCAGCUCAUUGACGAGUUUGACAUGAUUCACGAGUCUCUGACACCCUUCUGGGGUCUCAAGCCGCUCACUAUCCGCGAAAGGGCCAAGGAGGCCCUGGGAUUUGACAACGCGCUUCUCGGCAUUUCCAUCCGGGGGGGCAAGACCACACACGUCCAGGGCGGUGGUGAUUGGCAGCGCGAGGCCACCGUAGGCAUGAUGGGCAAGUUCAUUGAGUGGCUGCCCAACAUGGACCUCUGCUUCAACCUACACGACGAGCCGCGAGUCACCGUCCCCCACGAUGAUCUGGCCAAGCUGGUUAGGAGAGGCCUGGAGACCAAUAUGCCACGCGCAUACAUGAACCAGCAGCCAAGAAACCAGUUCUCUAAUACCAAGACCGGCUUGACCAGCGGCCAUGGGUUUGAAGAGCAAAAGUUUACCAGGUUCAACAUAUUCGCCCACCAGCCCACUUGGUCACAUUCACGGCUGUCGUGCCCGCCAGAAAGUCCGACCAGGGCGAUUGAGGAAGACGAGAAGCGUGACGACCUGUCCAAGUACGCGUUAGGAGACUUGGGUUUCAUCUACAAUGUUACAGCCAUGUCCGAUAUCUGCAAUUCUCCUUCCCUUGGCACCAGCUUUGGCUUCUUCGAUCGGCCGAAUGCAUACAACAUCGUGCUUGACCUGUUCCCCAUCUUCUCACAGUCCAAGAUAUCAUCCUACUCGGAUAUCCUCUACCCUUCGCCUUGGUACUGGUACGAAAAGGUCAGCUAUGAUGAGAAGAAGGAUAUAGCGUGGAACAAGAAAGAGGACAAGUUAUACUGGAGGGGCAGCACCACCGGCGGGUUCAGUAGGAAUGGCGGCUGGCGGCGGCAGCACCGACAAAGAUUUGUGCAGAAGAUUAACGCAGCCGAGGGCGCUAAAAUCAUGGUCAACAAGGGUAGCGACACGGAGCAACAUUGGGAACCCAAGGGUGUCAAUCGGGGUGAUUACAAGGAUAUCAUGGACGUGUACUUCAGCGGCGUUGGCCAAUGUGACCCCGGCGAUUGCGACGCGCAGAAGGAGUUCUUUACCAUCAAGGGGCAUGCUGGACAGCAAGAUGCUUGGAACUACAAGUACUUGCUCGACAUUGACGGCAAUGCAUUCAGCGGUCGUUUCUAUGCAUUCUUGAAGAGCCGCAGUCUGAUUUUCAAGUGGGCCAUCUUCAGAGAAUGGCAUUUGGAAUGGCUUAAGCCUUGGGCGCACUACAUCCCGCUCAGCGCGCAAGGAGAGGAGUGGUUGGAAGCCGUUCGAUUCUUUGGCGAUGGCCCUCUUGGAAAGCAAGAGGCGGAAAGAUUGGCGAACCAGCAGCGUGAUUGGGCAAACAAAGUCCUUCGACACGAAGACAUGGAGGUUUGGUUUUUCAGGCUAUUGUUAGAAUAUGGUCGGUUGAUAGAUGAUGAUCGUGAAUCGAUCGGCUUUUCCGUUAAUGGCGCCGCUCCUGCAAUCAAGGAAGUACUUGUCGGAAAGCCAGUAUAA